AUGGACUGCAAGAAUGUGAGCUCCCAAUGGGUCUUCAUUCUUCUGAGCUUCUCUGACCGGCCCUGGUUGGAGAUGCUUCUCUUUGUCUUGGUCCUUGUCACUUAUAUCUGCACUCUGGUGGGCAAUGUGGCCAUCACUUUGGUGUCCCGGAUGGAUCCCAAGUUGGAUAGCCCCAUGGACUUCUUCCUGAACCUGUCCUUCCUGGAUCUGUGCUUCACCACCACCACAGUUCCCCAGAUGUUGAGGAACAUUUGGGCCCAAGUCAAGACCAUCAGCUAUGGGGGCUGCAUGACCCAGCUGUACAUUUUUCACUUCCUGGGGGCCACUGAGUGCAUCCUGCUAACCAUGAUGUCCCCCAACCGCUACGUGGCCAUCUGCAAGCCCUUGCACUACCUGGCCAUCAUGCAUCAGCGUCUCAGCAUCCUCUUGGUGGCCACAGCCUGGGUUAGUGGCUUGGCCAACUCACUGCUGCAAUCCUCACUCACGGUCCAGCUUCCCCUUUGUGGGAACCACGUGGUUGACAAUUUCUUCUGUGAGGUGCCGGUGGUCUUCGAGAUGCCCUGCGUGGACACCUCCUUCAGUGUGGCCAUGCUCUCUGUGGUGGGCACCUUCUUUGCGCUGGUGCCCGUGGCUCUCAUCCUGGUGUCCUAUGGCUUCAUCACCAUAGCGGUGUUAAGGAGCCUAUCCUCUCUGGGAAGGCUCAGGACCUUCAACACUUGUGGCUCUCAUGUUGCCGUGGUCUCACUCUUCUAUGGCCCGGUGAUUGGGAUGUAUGUCCAGCCCGCUGCUGACAACUCCCGGGAUAAGGCCAAGCCCAUGACCCUAUUCUACAGCAUCGUCACCCCAGUGUUCAAUCCCUUCAUCUACACGCUAAGGAACAAAGAUGUGAAAGGGGUGGUUGGAGAGGCUUCUGCAAAAGAGUGGUCAAAGCCGGGGUAG